UGCUGCGCGAUGUCCACGCAGCGUUGUUUAUCAUUACCGCAUGUGUGAAAAUUCUCCUUCCCCACCUCCCCUUCCCUCCCUCCCAGCCCCACGAUUUUCGCCCCCUUUCCCAUGCUCAGACGUUCUGAAAUGUAACAUCCGUCGGUUGUUGUGUUAGCCGGUUUGGAACGACGGAGUUAGGAGAGGGUGUCGAAAAGGCGCGAAACGGACAUGUGCUCCACGGAAUUUGGUACCCGAGUGAUUUCGAUAAGCACGAUCCGUGACCGUUGCCGGUGAUUCGCGGCGAAAGAUCCAAUCCGCGGGUUCUGAAUUACAAGUGUUUGCUUUACACUUCGUUCUGCGUCGUAAAGCGUUACUCUUCAACGACGAUGCAUUCGUCGUUUACCACUGUUCCCGGUCUGCGGCCUCGAGGUGUCUCGACGUAUGAAUAAUAACGUGACGUGCUAUGAAUUUGAAGGGAAAAGUGGGGAUGAAAAUAUUCCGUUUGGUUUCCAGUGACAAAUUUUAAUGUGCUUAUGGGAGUCAAAUGCCACGUAAUGGAGAGACGUUGAACGAUUGACAGUUUCUUCUACAAGAUUGCAUUCUUGACUCACGUCGAUGCGAAUACAAAGCGGAUCGCGAAAUUGUCACGCCUGUUUUCAUUCGUCCUUAGAUUAGACAGAGAGUUGCAGGAACGGGUUGAUAAACAAAUGAAGAAGAAUUUCUAAUAUUAACGAGAGACUAAUUUCAUACACUUAAGAGCACAGCGGGUUAUUGCCGCGUCAUUUGUAAGCAUGAAGAAACUUCCGUAUCUUAACUUGAGAAUCGCGUGUUCUUAACGAAAUCUCGAAAGUUCCAAGAUGCUUGAACCCGCUUUCGUUCUUCACUGACAUUUAUUUGGCCUUGCACCGAAAGUUAAGCUUAUUGCGAACCUUCGUUUCAACGCGCCUUUCAUUUCUCUUCCUCAAGCCACAAAGGAAAAGGUCGCUACAUUCGUUGAUAUUUAAACCGCUUCUGGAACUUGAAAAAAAUUUCGUCACGUCAGCUUGCGAUUCAAGAGGAAAGCUUAUUCCACGUGAAAGUAAUAAUUUAUUUUUAUCCGCUCGUCCUGAAUCGACUCGAGACUUUGAUGUAGAUUGGACAAAGAUGAUGUUAGAUCUCAAAGUUGACUAUCUGCAGCUGUGAAACGUUAUUCAGAGCUGCUUUCAAGCUUCCUUUUGCAGUUGUAACAUGUGUUGCUGUAAUUGCGAACUCUUUACACGGUGAUUCUUGGAUGUUCCGGUUACUCUGCAAUAAACCGUAAUGAGUAUAACCAGCCACGCAAACUUUGGAUAUUUUGGAAACUUUCGUUCAAUGUAGUCCGACUAAUUCACGUGAUCUAAUAUUAUCGUGGUUGAAUGCUCGGUAAUCCAGUAAAAAGAAUAAAAUUGGAAGUGAUCAGAUGAUGUCAACGUGACAGAGGCCAGGCAUAUAAACUUGGUAUAAAUACUCGAGUCAGAAUGUCAUCAAGGAUGGAGAUGCAAAUGAUGAACGAGGUUCAGGAGUCCUCGAAGUGCGUCAAGGUACUCUACAUGAUAUGGAAGUUCUUCGCGUGUGUCUUUAGUCACGUGACGCUAAUCAGCCUUGUCGUGGCUUACUGCCUCCUCGGAGGCUUGGCGUUCCAGGCUUUGGAAGCACCGAAUGAAAUAAAGGUUAGGGAGAGCAUAAGUCUGCUGCGGACGAACGUGACGGGUGAAUUGUGGAAAAUGACACUCGAAUGCAACGUCCUGGAUCAGGAAAAUUGGACGAGGGAAGCCAGAGGUCAAUUAGAGACGUUUGAGAAGGACUUACUGCAAAAGAUGGAACGUGAAGGGUGGGAUGGUUCCGAGCCGGAAGCAGAACUGCAGUGGACUUUCCCCGGCGCUCUCUUCUACUCAAUUAUCGUUAUUACCACCAUCGGAUACGGACACAUCGCGCCUAGAACGGCGUUUGGAAAAGUUGUGACAAUUUUUUACGCCAUUCUUGGAAUACCUUUGAUGCUUCUCUGCUUGUCGAGCAUUGGCGACGUCAUGGCGUCCAGUUUUAGGUUUUUAUACUGGAAAAUUUGCUGCUACGUCUGCACUAAGCCUCCACGAAGACGUCGAGGUCGCAACGCCAGAGGCACCAUUCGACAACCAGGAAGGUAUUCCAACCGAACGGCGUCGUUGAGGAGGUCAGUCCGCGUCAGCCAGAGAUCAGCGGAUUCGGCUCUCGGUUUGUCGGAAAGUGUCGGAAGGUCGUCUUACUCGGACAUGGAUUACAGGUAUCACCUCGAGGGAAUGGACUUGGCUACUGAUUUCCCGAGUACGAGGCCCUCGACGAUGUCCAGGUAUUCGGACAUCCCGGUAUCUUCGCCCAAGGUCAAAGGGGGAAGACUCACAACGGGAACGGCAUCGCUGGACCGAAAAGUUGCGGUGGAUCCCACCGAAGCCAAUCGGAUGCCCGUUUAUUUCAACAAGUACGCACUGGAUCCCGAAGACGAGACGCAGAAUGGCCAGCCCUCCAAAGUCGGUUCGAGGAAGCCGGAUAAUUUGAACGUCCGCGACACCGUCGAUGAGGCUUCGCGAACGAACAGAGCUUGCGGUACCGGGUCCCUACCUCGAAAUCAUCACCUGGCUGUUGAGUCUUCGAAUUUUCGACGUCAGUUUUCGCAGCCACCCCCGGAAAUCCGAGAGCCACAAGCAUCCAUCAGCACCGAUGUGGAUUCGAUGAAAAGAAGUAUGAGAAUGCGGCGAGCUCAGAGUUACUACGGUCCUGGUCGGCAUCCGCGGCACGCUUCUCCCUCCACGCGAUACAUAUCGUCGAUUGGAUACGCGGUCCACAGGCAGAAUUACGUCGACGACUUUGACGUCGACUACGACUAUUACGCCGACGACGGUGCCCUGCAGGUUCUCAAGCCCGUCCCAAUCUGGCUCUGCGUCUUUCUGGUGGUCAGCUACAUUUUCGGUGGUGGUUUUCUCUUCAGUACAUGGGAACAAUGGGCGUUCUUCGACUCUGCCUACUUCUGCUUCAUCACCCUGACCACGAUCGGUUUUGGUGACUUUGUACCGCAAGGGCUCGCAGGGAAGGGAAGCAUCGCCUUGUGCUCUUUGUACCUGUUGUUCGGAAUCUCCCUCUUGGCCAUGAGCUUUAAUUUGGUCCAGGAAGAAGUUAUCAACAACGUGAAGAGCCUCGCGAAGAGUCUGGGAAUCAUCAAGGACGAGGAGGGUGAGGAGGACGAGGACGAUUGAAUCGAGAUGAAUGUUCGUUGAAACUAGAAUUUUCUAAGAUCGGCACCAUUUUUGUUACCACCUUUUUCCACAACUGUUCAAGACAAAGAGCUUUUCGCUUCGAAAUACCCGAAAAUAAGAACAGCGAAAGUUACAACUCGAACUGUAACAUUUCAAAAGUCUUUACUGAUCUCGGUCUCGUUUGAAGAUCUUUCGUUAGUAUAAUUUACAGUCACAGAGUUGGACGGCGAUGAUACAGGAAAAAACUCUGGUCAAGGUCUUUUGCAAAAACCAAUUUUAUUAUAAAUACGAGAAAUUCACGACGCAGACGUUGAAAGCGUGGGUGAAGCAACGUAGAGGUUCAGUGAUGGCGUGGCUUGUAUUACAGCUACGCUUUGGAAAUCUACUAUUUACGUUUGAGAGUAUGCUUGAAAGUUAUCGUGAUAUGAAAAUAUACCGUGGCGUAUAUACGCUGUGUACAUUAUUCCGUAGAAUAUCUAUAUCGCGUAAAUUGACGCGUGGCAGAGCCUUUCUAAUCAUUUUGUAUAAUGCCUUGUUCACGUUAUGUCAUAAUUCAUUUUGUAUGUUCUUAUUUUAUUCAGUUAUACCUCGAAAUUCCUAUUUCCCAGAUUUCUGCUUCAAUCGUACAAAUACGACCCGCGUCACAGUGAAAUUAAAUAAAUAAUUGUAAGGUUGAUCGAGUCAUAGAUUUAAUCUAAUUGUACCCCUGACAUUUUCCAUCAGCUUGUACAAAUUCUCGUUCGCUGAAAUCGUAAUUUCGAUUUAUUUAUGGUAAUUACUUUAACAUCGUAUUUCACGAUAUAACGAAUCAAUGUUAUCUGAAAAUCGAAUCACGAUGCGUUGUCAAAUACACUUA